AUGAUUAAUAUCACGAAGAAUGGUAAGCGUUCAUGGAAACACUUAAUUGGAGGCAGCACUGCUGGCCCGCUAGAUCAUAAGCAACUGGUAUUUCUAAAGUAUGUUAACAAUUCUAAUUACGAAGUUAGUUGGCAACUAGCGUUUCUAAAGCAUGGUGAGGAUAUAAUACCAAAGAAAGACUCAAGAACGUUCUUGUCGUUCAUUGGAAAUUUGGACAAACGUGUGGAGCUGGACAAAAGCAUCAAACAUGGAGAUGGCAGGUAUAAUGCAGCACUCAGUAUGAUGGCCUCUAAAAUAUCUUACGAGAACAAAUUCUACAUCGAAACUACAGUCCAAGAUCACUGGAAGAUGGAGUUCAUUGGCUCUUACGACUUCCGGAAUGAUUAUCAAGGAAAAUCCACAACCCAAGCCUGUAUUCUACGUGACAGAAAUGCGGACCAUGAAAUUAUUGUUGUGGCCUUUAGAGGCACUGAACCCUUUGAUGCGGAUGCAUGGUGCACUGACUUUGACAUCUCCUGGUAUCAAUUUGAAGGGGUUGGAAAGAUCCAUGGAGGUUUCAUGAAAGCUCUAGGUUUACAGAGAGAUGUUGGUUGGCCGGAGCCAGAGAAUAUCAAACAAGUCGAUGCCGGCCCAGGUGGCUUAGCUUACUAUGCCAUCAGGGACAUGCUGAAAAAGCUUCUGCUUGAAAAUGAGAGAGCAGAAUUUAUAGUAACUGGGCACAGUUUAGGUGGUGCACUAGCAAUUCUCUUUCCAGCAGUUCUAACAUUUCACAAGGGAAAUGAUUCAAAACUCUUGUUGGAGAGGUUGGAGGGAGUUUAUACAUUCGGGCAACCUAGGGUUGGAGAUAAGGCUUUUGGGGAGUACAUGGAAAAGAAAAUGAUACAGCACAAAAUUAAUUAUUUUAGGUUUGUUUAUGGGAAUGACCUGGUGCCUAGGUUGCCUUAUGAUCACAAGGCCCUAAUGUUCAAGCACUUUGGGAGUUGCAUCUACAGUAAUAGGGAAUAUGAACUGCAGGUUCUUCCGGAAGAGCCAAACAAGAAUUACUUCUCCCCAGAGAAGGUAAAACCGAUGGUGGGCAAUGCUUUUGGUGAGCUGAAAAGAAGUUUCACCAUUCCGUAUAUGAAGGGACCAGACUACAAAGAAGGGCGAUUCCUCAAAAUGGUUAGGCUAAUAGGUUUGGUAAUGCCAGGAGCAGCAGCCCAUUGUCCCCAAGAUUAUGUAAACGCCACCAGAUUGGGAUCCUCAGAUGUGUUCUUACAGCUCAAGCAUUUCUUGUGAAAUUAACCAAAAGCCAUAUAUAGUCCUACAACUCUAGCAGGACUCAAGUGUAAUUAGAUUCAAGUUUCCCGGUUAUU